GCAAGUACCGAUGGCUAAGAAAAUUCACAUCAUCCCACUAUAUAUAUGAAUAUGAUCCCGGCCACAUUCUAUAUGAGGAAACACAUUCCAAAGUCCUGAUGAUUUUGCCUAUCUUCUUCAUAUUUUUUCUCACUUUCUCCUCUUCCUAUGCUGCUGUGCAAGACUUCUGCGUCGCAGACUACACAGCUCCUCAAGGUCCUGCAGGCUACUCUUGCAAAAAUCCUGCAAAUGUCACUGCAGAUGAUUUCGUCUACUCUGGCCUAGCAGUUGCGGGUGACACCUCAAAUUUAAACAAAGUUGGAAUCAACCCUGCAUUUGCUGGUCAGUUUCCUGGUCUGAAUGGCCUUGGCCUUUCACUGGUGCGCGCGGACUUUGAAGUUGGUGGAGUUGGCCCGCUCCAUUUACACCAUGGAGCUUCAGAACUAAUACUUGUUGUUCAAGGAACAAUAAUUGCAGGGUUCAUUGCCACGGAUAAUACAGUCUAUCUAAAAACUCUGAAGCAGGGUGAUAUAAUGCUUCUUCCUCAAGGUUUGCUCCACUUUCAAAAAAAUGGAGGUGAUACACCAGCCCUUUUAUUUGCUAGCUUCAAUAGUGAAAACCCGGGUGUGCAGCUUCUGGAGAUUGCAUUAUUUCAAAGCGAUUUACCUACUGAGUUGAUAUCACAGACGACUUCCAUCGACACUGCUGAGAUUAAGAAACUUAAGGGUCUUUUUGGUGGUACUAAUUGAUGUAAACUGAUCGAUAUACCAAAUAUCAGGAAUGUGGUAACUAAAUAACUCGAUGUUACUGUAUUUUGGAUGAUUGCUUAGAAUUUGUAUUGUGUUACUUAUUGCUUCAGGCAUGCAGGAUUUGUAUUUACUUGGUGUCACCAAGUUUUGGUGUGUUUCCAAGUUGUUAUCCUAAGAAACCUAUCUUUCUUA